UGGAGUGGGCUGAGUAAAGUUAGCUGGCAAGCUAUUGACAGAAACAGUGAUAAAACUUUACUUCCUGGUCAGAUCUGUUUUUUGGGAUUCCCAUGAGGAAUUAUGGAAGAAGAACAGUACUUGUCACUCUUGUUCUGCUGGAUCUGUAAAAAUCCCUAAGGCAUAGGGACGAAAAGAAGUAGGACAAUUCAAGGAAUAGUUAACUCAGAGGACCUCAGCUGAGGAUCCUUGCAAUGACAGUGAAGAUGGUUACAACAGACCCAAGUACGUUACUCGUUGUAGUGACGGUCUUACUAAACGUUGUACCUAGCCAGGCGCAGAGCUUGGUAAAGGCAUUCGGGAUGGACAGCUCUAACAUUAGGUUCACCUCUCAUCUCUACAACGCCACCAUUAACGAGAACUCAGCCCCCCGGACUGCCGUGGACAGUACCAUUAAGAUGGGUAUCGUACUAACCAAACCCAUCUGGGACAUCAAGUAUAGACUUGUCUCUGGAGACGAUGACGGCCUAUUCAAAGUAGAAGAAGUCAAAGUUGGGGAUUUCUGCUUCUUGCGAAUUAAAACACGCAGCAGUAACUCUGCAUCGCUAAACAGGGAAGUCAGAGAUAGCUACACUCUAACGAUUGAAGCCACUGAAAGCACACAUGACUUACAAGCCAGGACCAAGGUACUGAUCCAGGUGCUGGAUACCAAUGACCUGAAACCACUCUUCUACCCAGCCUCGUACAGCGCGGUCAUCAGGGAAGAUGCUCCUUUGAAGUCGAGUGUGGUAACGGUCAGCGCAACGGACGCGGAUAUUGGCAGUAACGCAGAGUUCUAUUACUCUUUCACGAGUAGAUCCUAUCCAUUUGCUAUCAAUCCUUUUACAGGCACCAUCAGCCUCAUCAAGAGACUUAAUCACAGCCGAGCAGACAUGUACGAGCUCACCGUGUUAGCCGAGGACAGGACCAAGAAGAUAUCAGGGGUACAAAAGUUUGGUAACGUUGCUAGGGUUAAAGUAACCGUGGAAAAGCGAUCUUGGACUGUACCAAUUAUCAAGCCUGUCCCGGUUAUCCACACUCAGAAGAAUGAAGACGAGAAAAUAACUAUCAAUGUCCGAGUGGAGCCGGGUGUAAAGCCAGUUGAUUCCGUUAGUAUUGUUGCCGGGGAUCUACAGAGGUGUUUUGAGAUUAUCCCCUCCAGUUUGCGAGGCCAUGGUUUCCAAGUGGCUUCCACCAAACAGAUUAACUGGUUCCAGAGUCCUUCAGGAUUUAAUCUUUCCCUCCAGGCCAAAGACAAGAGCAGUCCUCCUCAACUUUCUACAAUAACAGAAAUUCAAAUACCUCCCUAUAAAUAUAGCGAGUUCACAUUUCUGGAAGACACCUAUAUUGCCACACUAAGUGAGUUUUCCCCACCAAAAACACAUGUUGUUAGGGUAUCAGUUACCUCAACACCUUUGAAUGUUACAUUCCAUAUAAAAAGUAAUUCUGAUAGUUCCAAAUUUAAGAUAAACCCCAAAACGGGCGUCAUUAUGAACACAGACAACUUUGACUUUGAGAAGAAGUCACGUUAUCAAUUUGAUGUGAUUGCAAAUAACGGCAAAGCCAAAACACAUAUCAUCAUUGAGAUAACUGAUGAAAAUGACAAUGCCCCCAUAUUCACCGAAUCCUCAUACCAGGCAAACCUACCCGAGAAUGUACCAGUUGGUACCAGUGUUUUAUCAGUCUCCGCAAUAGAUGAGGAUACGGGUCAAAACGGAUUUGUGACCUACGCCAUAGCAAACACAAACCCAUCUCCAUUUUCCAUUGAUCCAGUCAGUGGGGUGAUCUCCACGUCUGAAGAUCUGGACUAUGAACUCAUGAAGAGGUGGUAUCAUCUCAGGAUCUGGGCCUCUGACAGUGGUAGUCCAUUCAACCAUGUUUCUGAGUGUGCCGUGACGAUCACCAUGAGCAACGUCAACGAUAACACCCCUCUGUUUGAGCAGGUGGGAUGCAACGCCACCGUACCUGUUGAUUUACCAGUUGGGAAGCAAAUUGCAGCGUUGUCUGCUGUUGACCCAGAUGAACUACAACAGCUGAGAUACGUGAUAGACUCAGGCAAUAACCAGCGACUGUUCGACAUCGACACCGUAUCUGGAAUUAUAAGACUUACCAAACAGAUUCCCGCGGCCUUCACCGAGAACCAACUGCCUUCAUACAAACUCUAUAUUACAGCAACAGAUGGCGAACGUAACUCUGACCCUUCCAUUGUUACGGUAACGGUUGUCAGCCAGGGCAGUGAAGCCACCUUCAACUGUGAGGAGACGGGUGUUUUCAAACAGCUCACAGACAAACUGAUAGAAUCCAUAAAGCCAGUUUUGACGAUCCAGGAUGAAGAAUCCUUUUCAGACAUUCACAUCAUCAACCGCCAUUCGCCUAAGUUCAACUCUGGCAUCCCUAGUUCUAUUGAUAUCCGAGAGGAUUUUCCUUUGAAUGCGACCAUCCUUCACUUCAAGGCUACGGAUAAUGACACUGGAUUCAACAGCAGGCUUUUGUACCAAAUCUCCAGCGGAAAUGAAGAUGGGUGUUUCUCCAUUGGUAUUUGGUCCGGGGAGUUGCAGCUUGUGUGUCCUUUAGACCGAGAAAUCAGAGAGUUCUACAUCUUGAACAUAACUGUCUAUGACUUAGGAGUCCCACAAACCUCAGCAUGGAAAUUUCUCGCAGUGAAUGUAUUGGACGUCAAUGACAACCGACCAGUAUUCGAUCAACUCAGGUAUAUUACGCACAUCCCAGAAAACACAGAAGUAGACACAAAGAUAUUCCAGGUGCACGCAACGGAUUUAGACUCUGAGGACAAUGGAAACAUUGUAUAUUCUUUUCUUACGCUAACCAGUCUGUUCAAGAUAGAUGAACUCACCGGAGAGGUGAGGCUAGCUGGACGGUUAGACAGAGAAGCUUUCCCCAGACACGACCUAAAGAUAGAGGCUCGAGAUCAAUCCAAAUCAGACCCAUCUCUGUUCUCCAUGUCUGAUCUGGUUGUGGUGUUAGAGGACAUCAACGACAACCCUCCCAAGUUUGUACCCAAGAUGUACAGCAUCAAAGUUCCUGAAGACUUGCCAUUAGGAACAGUCUUAUUGUGGGUUGAGAGCCAUGACUUAGACCUGGGCAGUGGUGGACAGAUCACCUACAAUCUGAAAAACAGUGCAAGCGGGGCCUUUUCUCUCGACGCAUCAACAGGUUCACUAACCCUUGAGAAGGAACUGGACUUUGAGAAGAGGCAGUCGUAUAACCUCACAGUCCGAGCGGUGGACCACGGUCUUCCUCGUUCUCUCUCCUCCUCUUGCUUUAUCGAGGUUGAGGUCCUUGACGUCAAUGAGAACCUGAACAGGCCAGUGUUCCCCAGGUUUGUCUAUGAGGCCAGUGUACUGGAAGAUGCACCCGUGGGGACCUCAGUGUUGACUCUGACAGCAGCUGACAAGGACCUGGGGAGAGAUGGAGUUGUCAGGUAUCACAUUCAUGAUGGCACCGGUCUGGGAGUCUUCACUAUUGACGAGGAAACAGGAGUCAUAUGCACUGCUGAGACACUGGACCGUGAGGCAGUAUCCCACUACUGGCUGUCGGUCUACGCCAAAGAUCUGGGUACCAUCCCCCUAGUGACCUGGGCAGACGUGUACCUGGAAGUCAUGGACAUCAAUGAUAACGCGCCACAGCUUUCCAAGCCUGUAUAUAUCGGCUCUGUCAUGGAAAACAUGCCUAAAGACAAGUCUGUGCUGCAGGUCAGUGCUACUGAUGUGGACACAUCCUCUGAGGGAAAACUCACGUACCAGCUUCUGGAUUCACAACGGACUUAUUUCGCCAUCAACCCCAAGACAGGUGUCAUUAGUACUCUGACCUCCCUCGACCGGGAACAGAAGUCUGAGCACAGUGUCGAGGUGAUUGUGUCAGACAACGGCAUUCCUGCACUGCGCUCAACAUCCACAGUGAUCAUCCAAGUGCUGGAUGAGAACGACAACAGGCCCCUGUUCAGCCACAAGCUCUUCCAGGUCAAACUACCCGAGCAGCAUGGUGUUGAAGGCGUCGAGCCCAAGGUGACAGUGUACCGGAUGAUUGCCCGGGAUGACGAUGAAGGACCCAAUGCUGAGCUCACUUACAGCCUCCAGGACAACCAGAAGGAACAGUUUGACAUCCAUCCGGCCACCGGGGUAGUGACCGCCCGGGGGGACUUCACAGCCGGCAACUACAGCAUCUUGACGAUCAAAGCCGAGGACCACGGGAGCCCGGCGUGGUCGUCGACAGUCCGCCUGGACGUUCAGUGGAUCCGCAGGCCGGGGCUCAGCUCGGAGACGCUGACUUUCGAGGAGCCUCACUUCACCGUGGCCGUCAUGGAGACCGACCCUGUCGCUCACAUGGUGGGGAUCAUCCUGAUGGAGACGCAGAGGCUGCUGUGGUACGACAUCACAGGGGGCGAUGAGGAUCAAGACUUUGACAUUGAGAGGAACACAGGCAGCAUUCUGAUAGCCAGGCCUCUGGACGCUGGGAAGAAGUCCAACUACAAUCUAACCGUUCAGGUUACAGAUGGCCAUCAGCUUGUAACCACGCAGGCAUAUAUUCGAGUGCUGGACAUGAACGAAUACAGGCCCAUAUUCAAGGAGCCCAUUUAUACGGUUCGAGUACCAGAAGACACCUACCCGGGAAAGGAAAUCCUCCACAUCUUUGCCGAGGACAGAGACAGCAACAGCAAGCUCAUCUUCUCCCUUCACAGCAGUGUCCAUCCAGACAGCCUGAAGAGCUUCCAUCUGGACCCGAAGAGCGGCAAGCUGGUCAUGACACAGCAACUGGACUAUGAGAAGCUCCCAGAGCAUACCCUCAUCAUCAUGGUUCGAGAUCAGGAAAUCCCUGUGAAAAGGAAUUUAGUGAAGGCAGUGAUUUAUGUGCAGGACUGCAACGAUCACUCUCCUGUCUUCAUGGCUGACCGCUAUGAGGGCGCUAUCACCAAUCUGGCUACAGCCGGAACGGAGGCAUUGUGUGUCAAGGCUCUAGAUAAGGAUGUGGGAAGCAACGCUCAAAUAAUCUAUUCUUUACACUCAGGGAAUGUCGAAAACAUCUUUGAUAUUGACAGCGAGUUGGGCUGUAUCAUCGUCGCCAAGCCUCUGGACAACCUACUCAAGGGCCAGAUUCACCUGACAGUGGAGGCCACAGACCAGGGUUUUCCCCAGCGCAGUGACCUCUGUUCUGUUACCAUCAACAUCCAGUUCUCAGACAGAACCCCACCCAGGUUCAUCUCUGGUGAAUACUUUACAGAAGUCAGUGAAGCCAGCCCUCCAGGUACUCCCAUUGUCACAGUCAUCGCAACCAGUUCCUCUGCGGUCCAUUACAGUAUUAAAGAUGGAGAUCCCAAUGGAACAUUCCACGUCAAUGCAGACUCCGGAGUACUCUCUGUGCAAAAGACGCUCAAUUUUGAGGAGUGUUACUCAUACAAAGUUAAGGUGCAAGCAAGCACAUCGGCAGGAGCCUCGUCUGAUACAGUUGUUUACGUUUAUGUCAUCGAUGAGAACGAUAACCCUCCAGUGUUCCUCCAGCAGGAAUUCCACGGCCAGAUUAGCGAAUCUGCCCCCAUAAACAGCAUGGUGAUGGGGGAGAGCAACACACCUCUGGUGAUACGAGCCUCGGACGCAGACAGGGACUCUAACUCUCUCCUGGUCUUUCAAAUCCUCGAACCGGAAGCCUUAAAAGUGUUCAAGAUAGAUCCAAGCAUGGGUACACUGUCUGUUAUAUCUGAGGUGGACUUUGAAUCCACACCUGAGUUUCGUUUCACCGUUCAUGUACGGGACUCAGGGGAACCGUCUCUCUACGCCGGGGCGCCGGCUACAGUUGUCAUAAGUGUUCUGGAUUUCAAUGACUGUCCGCCCAAAUUCAUUAAACCGUUGUACAAGUCAUCCAUCAUCUUCCCACCUGUCAGGGAUAUGGAGGUUACACAGGUCAUUGCGCACGAUGCCGAUUCAACGGUAUUAUAUAGAAUCACGGAGGGUAACCUUCAAAAUUCAUUUGCAAUUCAUCCUUCUACUGGACAUAUCUCUGUCAACAAUGUCUCCGAGUUUAAAUCCUUUUACCACCUCCUGGUUGAAGCCUCUGACGGUCUUUACAAAGAUUUUGCCACAGUUCAGAUAAACGUCACCCACGUAACAGGAGACGGACAUCUUGAAUUUGAGCAGAGGUUCUAUGCGGCCACUGUUGUAGAAAACUCAACCGCUAUUAAAACGCUAGCGGUGCUGAGAGCUAAAGGUAGCUACUUGAAUGAGCCUCUGAUUUACACUGUACUGAACCCGAUGGGCAGGUUUUCGAUAGUUGAAACAUCCGGGGUGCUUUUAACCACAGGCCUACCCUUCGACAGAGAGGAGAAGGAUCUGUAUGAGGUUACUGUGGAGGUGAAAGAUAUGAGGAGUCCCCCUCGUUGGGCCAGAACUCAGGUCAACAUUUACAUAGACGACAUCAAUGACAAUCCACCCAGGUUUCAGAACCUACCACAUUCCAUGAUGAUCUCUGAAGACACAGACCCGGGAGAUGUAAUCUUUCAAGUGAUGGCUGCCGACGAUGAUCUUGGAGAAAAUGAGUCCAUUAUGUACCUGUUGGAAGAGGAUUUUGAUUUGUUCAGGAUAGAUCCAUAUGUUGGAGACGUUUCCCUUCAGCGACCUAUUGAUUUUGAAGCUAGAAAUAAAUAUGUGCUCACUGUCCUGGCCACAGAUGAGGGCUUGCCCAGUUGGACAACCUCAGCAGAGCUUUCUAUCACUGUGAGAAAUCGAACAAAUCCUAUUUUUCAGACCUUGCUUUACCCACUUAAAGUCCCUGAAAAUAUUUCUCCCUUCACCACUAUAUUACAUGUACAGGCAAGAAAUCCUGAAGGAUACCAUCUUAUCUACAAUCUGGAAGAGGAUAACUCCUCAAAUAACUUUCACAUAGACUUCAAAACAGGAGUGUUAAGGGUCACAGAUUUACUGGACUACGAAAGCCAGAAAAUGCACUUACUGACUCUCAGAGCCACCGACUCUGUGACUGGGUCCUUUUCAGAGGCUGCGGUUGAAAUAGAAGUGGAGGAUGUAAAUGAUAACGCUCCUGUCUUCUCCAAGCUGACUUACACAGUGGAUAUCCCUGAAGGACUUCCAGUAGCCACAUCAGUAUUACAGUUAUCUGCCACUGAUAGAGACUCAGGUAGAAAUAAAGACAUAACCUUCCAAAUAUUGGAAACAGGUAAAAAUGAAACAAAUUACUUUGCCAUAGAUCCGAAGAGUGGGCUUAUAGUUACGACACAGGUGUUGGACUAUGAGAAUACAAAGCACUUCCAGCUAAAGAUUAAAGCCAUAGAUAAUGGCAGUAACCCGUUGAGCAGUGAAACUUAUGUCAUUAUCAAUGUGACAGACGUAAACGAUAACCCUCCAAAUUUAAGCAGGUCACUCUAUCAGGCCACUCUCGACGAAAUGGCCAAAUGUGGGCACAUUGUGAUAAAAAUCCAGGCUACAGACCCUGACACCAGAGAUCUGAACAAUCUGCAGUACAAGAUCCUCUCUGGGAAUGAGGGCAGAUAUUUCGCCAUCAACGAAUCCUCAGGAAUUAUCUCCUUCUCUAAUGUUUGUAAAAGGAAUUUGGAUCCCUUCUACAAUCUCACUGUGGCUGUUUCAGAUGGAGUUUUUCAAAACUCAGCCCCUCUAAAUAUCGAUAUGAUGAACACUAAUAAACACAGCCCGUAUUUCAACCAAAACAUCUACGAGGCCGAACUAGCUGAGAACGCUUUAGCUGGAACCCGAGUAAUUCGCCUGGCUGCCAUUGAUCCUGAUGAGGGACCUUAUGGGAGUGUCGACUACACUAUCAUAAACAAACUGGCGGAUGACAAAUUCUCCAUAGACAAUAACGGACAGAUUGUAACAUCUCAACCUUUGGACAGAGAAAACCCAUCCCAAAGAGUGAUCGCCAUCAAAGUGAUGGCUAAAGACGGUGGAGGGAAAGUCGCCUUCUGUACCGUGAAGAUUAUUCUAACAGAUGAGAAUGAUAAUGCCCCUCAGUUCAAAGCAUCAGAGUACCACGUUUCAAUCCAGUCCACUGUGAACAAAGGCUCUCCGGUGAUACAGAUAAUGGCAUACGAUGCAGAUGAGGGGAAAAACGCUGAUGUUACCUAUACCGUGGAUGAAGCAGAGGAGGUGACAGAAGACAUCAUCGAGAUAAACCCUUUUACAGGUAUUGUGUCUGUCAAAGAAAACCUAAUCGGUCAAGAGAACAAGAUCUUCAACUUUAAAGUCAAGGCCAGAGAUGGCGGAUUACCGUUCUACAACUCCACGGUUCCAGUGCAGGUGAAGGUAGUCCCACCUGAGGUACCCCUGCCGAAAUUCUCUGAGCCGCUCUACACUUUCUCUGCUGCCGAGGACAUCCCCAUGGGAACAGAGAUUGGAACGAUCAAGGCUGACUCGGACAUGCCCAUCAUCUACAGCCUGGUUAACGGCAACACAGUGGAGAGUAAUAAAGACAGAGUGUUUGCUCUGGACCAAGAAAGUGGGACUCUACUAGUCCAGAAGAGCAUGGACCACGAAAAGACCAAGUGGUAUCAGAUAGACGUUAUGGCUCAAAGCAACCACAAUGGGACAGACAUAGCCUCGUUGGUGUCUAUCAGCGUCCAGGUCCAGGAUGUAAAUGACAAUGCGCCAGUGUUUGAAGCCAACCCAUACAAGGCUUUCUUGGCAGAAAACAUGCCACCAGGAACCACUGUCAUGCAGGUGACUGCCAAUGACCCAGACCAGGACAACAAUGGAUGGGUGACCUACACCUUAGAAUCGGAGUCCAAUGAUGUCAGCGAGACCUUCGACAUCGACAGUGAGAGCGGAUGGAUAACCACUCUAAGGGAAACGGACUGUGAAAUGACGCAGCACUACAGCUUUACAGUGGUGGCUACCGACCACGGGGGGGAGGUCAAGCUCUCAUCAUCCGUUCUGGUGGAGGUCACGGUGACGGAUGAGAACGACAAUCCUCCUCGGUUCCUGGAAGACCUGUACCAUGGGUCUGUCAUGGAGAAUUCCAGGCCUGGGGAGUUAAUUGUUGCCCUGGCGAUGGAAGACAUGGAUGUGACAAAGGAGAACAGGCAGCUCAUGUGUUACAUCACAGAUGGGGACCCAUUGGGAGAAUUUUCCAUUGUACAAGAGGGAGAAGAGUGGGGGCUAAUUCUUAAAGAGUCUCUAGACCGUGAAACCAAAGACAAGUACUCCCUGAAGAUAACAGCCACAGAUGGGCGAUUCGAGGCCACAGCCAAUGUAGAAAUCCAUGUCCUAGACCUCAAUGAUAACAGUCCUCUAUGUGAACAGUUGCUGUACACUGAGGUUGUCAUGGAGAACUCUCCAUCUAGCCACUUCAUACUAAAGGUUUCUGCGUCGGACCCAGAUAUUGGCACCAACGGACAAGUGUCAUACACUCUCCACGGACCCAACGCAGACAAGUUCCACCUGGAUCAAAAGACAGGCGAGUUGUUCACACUAGCCCAGUUAGACCGGGAGAAGGUGACAGAGUAUGAUCUAGUGGCCAAAGCCACGGAUGGUGGUGGUCGCUCCUGCCAGGCGGACAUCUUACUCAUGAUCCAGGAUACAAAUGACAACCCUCCCAAGUUCUCCAACGACCACUAUGAAGUCACAGUUUUUGACAAUACCACCAUCAGGACACCCAUUGCUGUUGUCUAUGCCAAAGACCCGGACACUGGUAUAAACUCUGAGGUGAAGUACUCUCUCCUUGAUGACGACAGCAGACACUUCUUAUUGGAUGAGUACUCUGGUAUACUCCGCUUGGAUCGGUCGUUGACUGAAAACACUCGGUCAACCUUUGAACUCAAGGUCAAAGCCACUGACCGGGGGCUUCCUCGACAGCUGUCCUCUACCGCCACAGUUACUGUUCAUGUGGUGGACCUUAGCGACUACCAGCCAGUUUUCCUAAGUCAGGAAUACUAUGCCCAGAUCCCAGAAUCCACCCUAGUAGGAUCAGAGGUCAUUAGUGUCUCAGCCCUUACCAGAGAUGGAACAGAGACGGAACCAAUCAUCUACUCCAUCAUCUCCGGCAACGAGGGUGGACGGUUCUACCUGCAUCCCACAACUGGUGUAAUGGCUGUAAAUGGGUCCUUAGAUUUUGAGAUGUGCCAUGAAUACUAUCUGUCCGUGGAGGGGACAAGAGGCAAGUCGUCUCUAAGCGACAUCACCAUGGUGAUUAUCAACAUCACGGAUGUCAACGACAAUCCACCUGUGUUUGCGCAGGGAGACUACAGGGUUGACAUCCCAGAGGACUUGGCCCCUGGCAGCUCAGUGAUGCAGGUCACAGCAAAUGACCGGGAUGGACCACUGAACAACGUCAUCCACUACUCAAUCUCCAGUGGAGACCUGCUAGGCCAGUUCAGCAUUGACCCUCACAGUGGGGAGAUCAUAAUCAGGGCUGGACUGGACAGAGAGGAGAAAACUCACUAUUCUCUGACGGUCCGAGCAGCUGAUGGAGGAGACCCUCCCCUGACCACUGCGGUCCAAGUCACCUUGACCGUGUCCGACGUCAAUGACAACGCGCCUGUCUUCUCCGAGGUCAACCGCGACCUUGCCCUUCAGGAGGGCGAGCCUGUCGGUAGCAGUAUCCUGCAGUUGGAGGUCAGCGACAGAGACACCCCUCUGAAUGGACCCCCCUUCACCUUCCACAUCGUGUCCGGGAACGAAGACAGACGCUUCCAGGUAGACCAGGGAGGACUGCUGUCUAUUGUGGCCCCUCUCAAGUACAAGAUGAAGCCACAAUACCUACUGAAAAUUCAGGUAACAGACAACGGUAACCCUCCUCUCUCCUCCAUCUGUGUGGUGAAGAUCAAUGUCACUGAGGAGAGUAAGUACCCUCCAUCUGUGAUGCCCUUGGAGGUCUUCAUCACCACCACAGAAGACACUUUCUCUAAACGACUCAUCGGUAAGCUCCACGCUUCCGACCUGGACCUUCAUGACACUCUCCACUACAAGCUGGUGUCGGAGUCUCCCAGUGAGGGCGACCAAAGGCUGAGCUUUGGCUCCUCUGGAAGUGUCUCCAGGUUCUCUGUAGACAUGAUGGAUGGAAUGAUCUGGGCAGACAAGGACUUGAAACCUGGUCUUUACUCCCUUAAUGUCAGCGUCUCGGAUGGGAAGUUCAGUGUGUGGGCUGGGGUGAAGAUCCACGUGUGGAAACCCUCCCAGCAGGCUUUGGACUUUGGGCUCACUCUUCAGCUAGCUGGGCUUUCCCCACAGGAGUUUGUUGAAGACCACUGGAGAGGCCUCCAAAGGAGCCUCAGCACAGCUCUUGGUGUAGCCAGACAGGACCUCCACCUGGUCAGCCUCCAACAGCAGCCUGACACCAAGGCCCUGGAGGUUCUGUUACUCUGGAAGCCGCAUGGUGGAACUGAGGAACCGUUACCGAACAACCGGAUGGCGGGUGUCAUCGCUGACGUUGAAGACUCAUUGGGCCUCAGUGUUCUCAGAAUGCAUUAUAACGGGUGCCUGGGGACUUGGUGCCCUCCUAGAGGAUGCAGGAGCCUGGUCCAGAUGAGAGGGGAGACGUUGAGUCACUAUGCCUCAGCCAGGGCCGGCUUCAUCACCCCACAGCACACUUGGGAGACCGUUUGCCCCUGCAACGAGUCUGCUAUAAGUUUUGAUGGAAAUGGGUACCUCAAAUACCUAUACCAGACUGAGAAGCAAAACUUCCAUCUCUCUCUGCGCCUCAAGACUUCCCAGCAACAAGGCAUUGUCAUGACUACCAAUGGUACCAACUGUGGAACCUUGAAGUUGCUGGAUGGGGAGCUGAGGUUCAUGUACUGCUGUGGGAACACCCCUCCUGGGUCCCUCCGUAUCCAUGCGGCCCCACAGGUGUCGGACGGGAAGUGGCACCAUGUCCUCCUGGAGGUCAACGGCACCGUCCUCCGACUGACCCUGGACCAUGUUCACACAGCCCAGGUUGUCGCCUCCGAAUCCUGCCGUCUGACGCGGCCACACGGGGCUCUGCUUCUCGCUGGCCUCCCGGGGCCCGGUUCCUCCACCGUCAGCUCUGGUGAGAUCCAGGCCCAGGGACAAGGCUUGGCGGGUUGCCUGGAGGGCGUGGAGCUGAACGGGGAGCAGAUCAGCACGACGGAGGACAGAGAGCGGGCCGGCGCUGAAAAGAGGAGGGUGUUCGGGGUCUACCAGUGCUGCGCCAGCAGGAUGGAUGUCGAACAAUGCGCAAGUAAUCCGUGUCAGAACGGAGGGACUUGUGAGGUGGAAUCAAAUGGGGAGUUCCGCUGCGGCUGUUCGGAGUCUUUUCACGGCUCCUACUGUGAGCUGUCCAACAACCCCUGUUCCUCGGAGCCCUGCGCAGAGGGUGAGCAGUGCGUGCCAAGCACUCAAGGUGACAUCUGUAAAUGCCCGCCGAACGUGGCUGAGAGCAGCUGUCCGGGAGAGGCCUGUACCAUCUCUGAGGGUGGCAUUCGAUGCGUUACUAAGCCGGAUCCUAACAGUCAGCAGCGCUUCAUCGAGAUCGUGGAGAUCUGUGCCGGCUUCUUUGGGGUCGUCUUCCUAGUGGGUGUUUUUGUCUGUGUCCGCAAACGCUACGUCCACCAGAAGAAGAAGAAGCCGGCGUGCGUCCAGGACUCCAACGGAUACUUUCAGCCCAAUCUGGCCAAAUCCAUGAUGGCCGACACUCCCGACGUCAGCUCCAUCGAGAUGUGUACGCUGAUGUGUUCGGGGAACGACAAUGUGGACAGCCCCUUCAGAUCCCUGAGGCCCUGCGGCCCAAUAGAUCUGGGCCUGGGCUCCCAGGUAAGCCUUAAGGCCGGGAAGCCCCAGGGGCCUGUGGUUUGCAGUGUGGCCCCGAACCUCCCACCGCGACCGCCAUCCAGCUCUGACAACGAGUCCAUCAGGAAGAAACCCUGGGAUCAGGAGUAUGAAGUGUACCCCGCCGACCCCGACUACUACGGUCGACCGAUCCCCCCGGCCCAUGAGUACCCCCCGACCCGGGAGUUUCCGCAGUUCGACAUAGUGGAGGACACCUACGGCUCCGUGGCGGGGUCCAACGACUCCCGCAGGAACUCCCGCUUCGGGGGGUUCCCUUUUCCCCUGGAGCGCUCAGACCGCCGCGCUCCCCUUCCCCCCUGCUACAGUAAUCAGAACCUGGACGACUUCCUAGGGCCUGACGGGCAACCUUUACCCAGCUCCCAGUGCCCCAACGAGUACACCGCCAUAAGCUACUAUCCGGCGCGACACGCCAGCAGCGCAGACAACGUGACGCCGGGAUACCGCCCCCUCAGCAUGCGCCUCAGUGUCGCCAUGCCGUCCUACUCAGACUGCGAAGCCCCUCCCCCUCUGCCCCAGCAGGCUGGGCGCGCAGGACGGAACUCCUGCAGUUACAACGGUUCCGACAACGUGGAGAGCGACUACGGAAGCUGCGAGGAGGUCAUGUUCUAGAAGGUUUCGCGGGGUUCUAGUCUAGAAGAACUAGGGGCGAAUUAUGAAGAACUUCUUGGCGAUUAGAGGAUACUCCGGGGGACUUCUCCAAAAAGACUGAGUUUCGAAUGUUCUACAGAACAGUGAUGUAUUGGUAAAAUAAAAAUAAGAAAAAAGUAACAUCUGAUCGCCGGUCGAAAAAUGUGACUUAUUUUAUUCUUUCACUUCUUUUGCUUUUUCCCAGAACAGUUGGUUAUAUGUUGGGCAACUUUGGGGUUAACUGCGCUUAGCUGUCUCCACUACACCCUGACUGAAAGUGUAAAAGGAAUUAUAAAUUGUCAUUUCUUACAAGGUCUCUAUAGAAUGUGAUUCAUCAUGUGCUGAGGAAAUUGUAUGGGUGGAAUUCUUAGAAUGUCUGCAUAGAAUGUGAUUCAUCAUAUGUUGAUGAAAUUGUAUGGAGUGAAUUCUUAGAAUGUCUGUAUAGAAUGUGAUUCGUGGGCUUCUGUAUUCAAUAGUCGCAAUAAGUCUUUCACAUUUUGUUGUUAAGGGCUAAACAGAAAUACAGGACAUCUACCUGAAACAAUCACAUCAUGCGACAAAGAUGUGCUGUACGAAAUGGUGCAGCAAUAUAAAAAAAAACUUGCUCUUCGAGACCUCGAAGGACAAGAGUCGCUUUGUUUAAAAACUAUUUCUGUUAACAUGAAUUUGCCUAAAAACAAGUUCAUGCAACACAAAGAUGGCUUGUAAUGUGGUCUUGGUAAUGCAGCAACAUCAAACCAUUAUUUGAGGGAAAGACACUGGCUUUUCUAUAAAGAACUGGGUUUGUGUAAAAACAAGCCCUGUUACAAUGUACACCUAUGUGUCAUAAAGAAACUACAGUUUCAUAGAGUAAUAACCACAUAACCAAAAAUAAGUUGCAUUCAUUGUCUAAUACAGUCGCCCACCAUUCAGCACAUUAUGUAUGUACAUAGUUAUGAUGUUAAAUGGGUCCAACCUAAUUCCCACCCUAUCCCCUAUAUAUAGUGCAACAAGGCCAUAGGAAAUAGGGUGCCAUAUGGGACACAGAUGUAUGUGGAGACAUAAUGAAGUGGGCUGAAUCGAUAAACAAAGCAGAAAGUCUCAAUGAAUUGAUUAAUGUACAGUAAAAACACAAAAAUAUCCUACUGUAUGUGUUUGUGCUAAAACAAUAGAUUUUUUUUUUUUAUUAUGUUAGCGCAACCUCCAAACAGUUCUGGGAAUUGUAAUGGUUGGUGGUGUUUGGUUGUUAACAGUAUUUGAAGUCUAAACACAUUAAUAUGGUACCCAACCUGACUGCAGAGUGGUGUUAUGUACCAUUUAUAUCCAUCCUGACAUUCCAAAUGCAAACUCUGCUUAUAUUUGUCUUGAAUAUGCAGGCAUGUCAUGAUACUGUUGUGAUACACCUGUUCUCAAUAAGUAGACCUUAGCAACAACACAGUGGUGACACAUUAUGCAAAUGUCUGCAGUGUGUAUUUCGUUUCAGUUGAAAUGAACAACAGGUGGUGACAGAAAUUUCAGUUUACUAAUUGUUUUGCAAACAGUAAAGUUGUGUAUAGUUUACACACAAAAUACAAAAAUGUAUUCUCUACAACCAACAUUACUGCCAUUAUUUAACAUUUUUAUUUUUUUAUUUUACAAAUUCCAACCAGUGAUUAGUAAUGACAUUGAUUUUGAGAGUUUGUUGGUUCUACCAAUGCAUAACAGUGUCCUGGGCCAGUAUAUCCUAUGUGGUGGUCCCAGUUAAGUAUUUGAGGCUUGUGUGGAAUGUCCCAGUGUCUUUAUAUGUGCUUCGUAUGUGUGUGCUUGCCACAUGAAUGUAUUGUGUGUGUUACAUUAGUAUCAAUGUGUGGUGUAACAACCUCAUGUUCUUAAGUUGUUUCUCUGUGAGAGAUAAAUGUUAUGUUUCCAUUUUGUUUUAAAUUCUGUAUAGAUAACAUGAAUAAAAUUAUUUUAUUGAUAACAAGA